AUGAAAGUUAAACAGUAAGUGCUCUGCAUGAUGUCAUCGUGCUGAAAUGAAAGCUACACAGGCUGUCUGAUAAGAAUCCCUUACUUGUCAGCAGAACACUGUCUCCAGUUUGAAGAUUUUUCAAUCUAUCCCUCACAAUCAGAACAGUCAUGGCUUCCUUCAGAAGUGUCCUGCGUGAAGAUCAGCUUCAGUGCUCAAUCUGUCUGGAUGUGUUCACUGAUCCAGUCUCUACUCCAUGUGGACACAACUUCUGCAUGAUCUGUCUCAACGAGUGCUGGGACAGCAGUUUACACUGCCGGUGUCCAAUGUGUAAAGAAGAAUUUCCUACACGUCCUACACUACGUGUGAAUACAUUCAUAGCUGGACUGGCUGCUCCAUUUAAGAAGUCAGUUCAGGAGAAAUCCAGCAAUGCUGCAAACCAGCUUUGCUCCAAGACUAAGAAUGUUUUUUUUGACACCUACACUCAUUGUAAACCACAUAAAACUACAACUAAACUUGUGAGGCAAAAACUGAUGGAGCCCGUGGAGAACCUGGAGAACUACAUCUGCCAGAAACACGAGGGACCACUGGAGCUGUUCUGUAGAGACGACCAGACUUAUGUAUGUCAGGUCUGUACUAAAGGAGACCACAAAACUCACAAUGCUGUUUCUAUAAAGGAGGAGAUUUUAGAUACUAAGGCUGAGUUGGGGAUGAUAAAUGCAGUAGUUCAGCAGAUGAUCCAGGAACGAGUGAGAAAGAUUGAGGAAAUCAGACAAUCCACGGAACUUUAUAAGAAAACCACAGAGAUGGAAAAAUUGGACAGCAUGGAGAUUUUUAGUGCUCUGAUGCACUGUCUUGAAAGAAGCCAGGUUGAGCUGCCUAAAAAAAUGGAGGAGAAGCAGAAAGCAGCAGAGAGGCAGGCUGAAGGGUUCUUUAAAGAUCUGGAGCAGGAAAUCACUGAGCUAAAGAUGAGAAACACUGAGCUGGAGCAGCUCUCACACACUGAGGAUCACCUCCACCUCCUACAGAUUUACCCGUCACUGUGCAGCCCUCCACACACCAAGGACUGGACUGAUGUCACAAUUACCCCUCAUCUGAGUGUGGAGGCUCUGAGGAGGGAAAUAAUACAAGAUGUACUUAAUAAUGGAAUUAAUAAGUUUGUAUUUUUAGAGCUGAAGAAAAUUCAGGAACAUGCAGUGGAUGUGACUCUGGAUCCUGACACUGCACAUCCUCAUCUUGCCCUGACUAAUGAUGGCAAAGAGGUCACAUGUGAAAAUUCAAAAAAGAAUCUCCCUGAUAACCCUGAGAGGUUUGAUCGUUGUGUCUCUGUGCUGGGGAAGGAGGGAUUCUCCUCAGGUCGAUUUUACUAUGAGGUCUAUGCCAACGAGAAGACUGAGUGGAAUAUAGGCGUGGUCAGAGAGUCUGUAAAUAGGAAGGGACAAAUUACGGCCUGCCCUGAAAAUGGAUUUUGGUGUGUGUCUCUGGAUAAUCAGGCUGGAUGUGUAGCUCUGGAUUCUCCUGCCAUCCCUCUCUCCUUAAAACAGGCUGCUCAGAAGGUGGGGGUGUUUGUGGAUUACGAGGAGGGUCUGAUCUCCUUCUAUGAUGUUGAUGCAAAGUCUCAUAUCUACUCUUUCACUGGUCAGACGUUUACUGGGAAACUCUACCCAUUCUUCAGUCCUGGCCUGGCUAAAAACUCAGCACCACUGAUAAUCUAUCCAUGGGCUAGUCAUUUUAUGCAAACAAAGUUUUAAAAAUAAAGUUUCCAAAAUGCAUAGAAAUGUGAUUAUUAUAGUUUCUUAUGUAUCCUUCCAGAACUACUACUAGUAGUAGUCAUAUUCUUCUUGUUGUCUAUAACUUUAGUUUUCUAAAUUUUCUUCUCAUGUUCCACUGCUGUGCAUGAUCCUGCAUAAAUGUUCUACCUAAAGAAUUUCACUUCCCUAGUGCCAUGUUUCAGUUGAUAAUUUUAUGU